AUGUGCGAACAACCCUGGUGGCAAUCCAUACUCUUUUUAUCAUUCUCCAAGUCAUACCACAAACUCUGUGUUCACCUGUACAAUCACUCUGGGGGCCUGGUAUCCCCUACAUUCAACAUCGACAGAGAUGCAGAUGUGUAUCUGCAAAUACUUGGUGCUGUUGUCUUUGGAUCUCCCAAGUGUCUCGGUUAUGACCAAACCAUUGUAUUUUAUGUUACCCCCUCCACAUGUGCCAGCAGUUCCCAUCGCACUGCAGUGCCUCACAAGGCCAUUACAUGUGAUGGUGCCCAAGAUAAUGUCAUUGUCGGAGAAGCUAACCUCAUCCCUAACUCAGAAGAAGGUAUCUCCAAAGAGAAGAGCAAGAUUGGGCCCAAUAUCAUUGAAGCAAGUUGCCCAUCUAGCAGUGACUGCAAUCACUCUGUUGCUGGACACACAGAUGAUUCUGGAUAUGUGACUCAUACUAUGGAGUCAUGUGAAGUUCAAGAGCAUGAGUCAUACCUUGAAGGCCCAUCUCACCUUGACCCUGUGUUCACUUCAAUGGGAAUUCUUCCAUCAGAAACUCACCCUGAUGAAGACAAACAAGAUGUACCAACAUCACUUUUCCCCCCUCCCCCUUCCAACAAAGACCCCAUCAGCAAAAUUCGCAUCAGAGAGAAGAUAUAUGAUAUCUUGCAAAUACUAUUCUACAACUGA